UGUGACACAAAGGCGCUGCACUUUGAAGUCAGGGCAGCCAGAGACUAUGAUGUUUAUCUUUGUGAUACUGGGACUUUUGCUCUGUGAAGAAGUAGCAGGGUCCAGUGAUGUGACAACUGUGUUUGUGCAGAAAGGGAAGGAUUUACGUCUGGAUGUUAAGAAACCUGUUGUUCUAGUAAAAAAAGCUGAAUUUAAGUGGAUAGUCAACAACACUCACAAUGUAGUAAGAUUAUUUCCUGAUAACGAAAUAAGAAUAGUUGGCAGUUAUGUAGGAAGGGCUGAGUUUUCUCUACAAAGUCACUCUUUGCUUUUGAAGAAUGUGCAACAAAGCGACAGUGGAGAUUACACUGCACACAUAACCGGGGAUGAAGACCAACAUGUAGCUGAAUACAAGGUCAUAAUUCAAGGGUCCAGUGAUGUGACAACUGUGUUUGUGCAGAAAGGGAAGGAUUUACAUCUGGAUGUUAAGAAACCUGUUGUUCUAGGAAACAAAGCUGCAUUUAGAUGGACAGUCAACAACACUCACAAUGUAGUAAGAUUAUUUCCUGAUUACGAAAUAAGAGUAGUUGGCAGUUAUGUAGGAAGGGCUGAGAUUUCUCUACAAAGUCACUCUUUGCUGUUGAAGAAUGUGCAACAAAAUGACAGUGGAGAUUAUACUGCACUCAUAAUCGGGGAAGAAGACCAACGUCUAGCUGAAUACAAGGUCAUAAUUCAAGAUCCAGUGUCUCCAGUUCAGCUGUCAGUGAACUCUUCAUCUAUCAGCACAGAGUCCUGUAACCUCACUGUGAGCUGCAGGACAGAGCGCUCUCACAUCAGCAGCACUUUUGGAUGUGACACCCAAACCUGCUAUCAGGAGGGAGGAGAGCAAUCAGAGGUCACAUCCUCUGGUUCUUCUCUCCAUGUCUACUUGCUGAAUGACUCCAUCAUCUGUAACCAUAGCAACCAGGUCAGCUGGACCAAAGACUUGAAGAAGAUUCGGACUCUCUGCCCUCUAAAUACUGGUUCAGAGAGUCUCUCUGCUGGUAUCCCUGUGUGUCUGGUGAGGACAGUCGUGCUUUCUGUCGGUCUGGUCAUCAUGGUGUCUGCCGUCAUCAGUGUCCACCUGAUGGAGAAGCUCAAGAAGCAAUAAUGAGGAGACAAAUCUACACCAACCAAUCUGUCAUGCACAUUCUCAUCUGGAUUAACUUCAAAUUAAUAUAAAAGUAGAAAAUCAUUAAUUAUACAAAUCCAUCAUACACGCUUUCAUUUCCUCAGGUUUAGAUUACUGUGAUGGUCUCCUAACUGAAGCAUCUUCAUUCAUUCUGAUUAGGACUUUGGGCUGGAUUGAUAUCCUAGAAAUAAAUCAAACAACCGUGUUAGAAAAAUGUUUUUCAUCUUUUCUUUGCUUGACAUACUCAGUACAGUAUAUAUUCAAACCUGUUGUUUGGACAGGUGGGUCGUGGUAGGUUCAGGAGGAGCAAGCAGCAGCACCAGUGCAGCAGACUGGGUGAAGCAGCUGUUAUAGCAGAGAUGGAGGUCAUUUAGAUAGACUGCCAAGUCAUUAGGAUAAAGUGUUUGGUGUGCAUGGUUAUAGGCUGACCAGUGCAUUAGGAAGGCUGUAUUUCUGUUCCACUUUAACACACACACAAGGUUUUUGAUUUUCAAAACAUUUCACCUGGUUUUGAAAAUCAGGUCUUCACUGUUAAAUUACUCACAAUGUGAAACUCUGUUCCCCAGUUUGACAAGCAAAGUUUGGAGAGUUAUGUAAAAAAAAACAAACAAACACUGUGGUGUUUACCUGAGGAACUUCAUAUACUGUAUUGUAUUUUCGCAGUUCUUUCUUUUAUCUGUAGGUCAGUCAUGAAAACAUUGUUGAUUUGCUUGAUUUUAACAUUUUCCAUGGAUUACAGACUUAAGUUGAUGUCU